AUAUUGCCCUUUAUCUAUAUACGCGCUCGAUCGAUUUCUAGCUAUUUUCAGGCUUCCAUAUUAAAUUCCCUCUCUGUUCCAUCCACCAAAAACCCUCCUCUCUUUUCUUUCUCACAUACAAAGAUAUGGCUUCGACUUCCAGAAGGAAAACCAUCAGGGUCUCAAUAGCCAUAGCCGAUGCAGUUUCGUGGUACUGUGCCAUAAUCCUAUUGGGCCUUAUAUUGUUGGCGUCUAUUAGGGAGAAUUCUUCAACGGCUGAGCCUGUUAAAGGGAACCAGCUUCUGGACCGACCUUGUGAUGAAAUAUACGUCGUUGGAGAAGGGGAAACCCUGCACACCAUCAGCGACAAGUGCGGUGACCCGUUUAUCGUUGAGCAGAACCCACAUAUCCAUGACCCGGAUGAUGUUUUCCCCGGACUUGUCAUCAAGAUCACUCCUUCCAAGCCAAGGAAGUUGCUGAGGUAGUUUAUAGAACAGAACUGAAUAAUAGUACUGCCUGCUUCUUUCAUGUACAUAUACAUCGGAUACCAAAGAUAAAAACUUUUACCAUAGUUUGAUUCGACAUGUUUUUCCUUAACAUGGAUAUGGCGUUUUUUGUUUCUUUCUGGGAUGUAUUUAGGCUCUUUGAGAGAAGUUGAGGUCUUUUAGCUUGUAAUUUCUUAAGUUCUUCUGGGAUACAUAAUAGUUGAGACCUUUUCAUCUA